AUGGAAGUGGGAGAAACGAUAGUUAUUCCUGAAGGGAUGAUUAAAGAAUAUUUGUUAAUGGCAACAGCACAAACGAUCAAGGUUACUCUUCAACGAGAUAGUUUGCAAACCUCAUGGGGUUUUCGUUUGCAAGGCGGGGCAGAUUUUCGAUCGCCAUUCGUUGUUAACAAAAUCAAUGCAUGUAGCCCUGCUGAUGGAAAUCUCCGUCGUGGUGAUAUUAUUUUGGAAAUUGAUGAAACGCCAAUUAGUUCCAUGUUGCAUACAGAUGCACUCGAAUUAAUACAACGAGCUGGCGGCCGAAUAACAUUUCUUAUACAAAGAGGAUCUGAUCUUGGCUCUCUACCAUCACCAUCACCAAGAAAUCAACGUCCCAUGUCAGCGAUAUCAUGGUCUCAUGAAAAUUCAUAUUCACCUUGGUCACCUUCGACACAUCAAUUGACACCUAUGUCAUUCUUUCGAAAUCGACCAUUAGAACGUAUACCUGAGCCAAAGCCAUUACUUAGUCAAACAGGUAGCCCAAUGAUGCCCGGACCAGUUCCGUCUGUUUCAACGAAAACACGAGGUUACAUUCAACCGCCACCUUUUCACUCAGAUCGCAACAAUGAUUUCAAUAAUAACAAUCAAAUAUCCUAUUCUCCUGGUCGUCUUUUCUAUCCCGGUCCAACUUAUAAUCAUCGUCCUCGUACGAUGUCAAUAACAAAUUAUCAAAAUUCUUCGAAUACAUCGCCAUCAUGGGCAAAUUCUUGUAAUAAUGACUCUGAAUCAUACGUCCCAUCAUAUCAGAAAAAAGUUCAAAUCAAUCCUUACGUUCAAAAACAAUACUACGAUCCGUCUGUACCACAGCCAACACAUCUCGUUCAUCGUCAAUUCAAUUCACCUAUUUCACUCUACUCAAACGAUAACGUUCAAGAAGCAAUGAAUCAUCAUAUUAGUCGUGUUAAUGUUAUCCCAUCAACAUCCAAACCAACACAAUGUGCCUUUAAUAUCACCGUCUUACCAACAAAUCCUACAUAUACCUCAACAAGUGUGCCUGUUUAUUAUACAACAUCCGAUAAAACUAUCUAUUUAUUUCCUAUAUUCUUUUUUCAAAUGACGACAAUAAAUUCAAAUAAUGGCGAUGGUGAAACAUCACCUGUUCAUGAAAUCAAUGGUCAAAAAGCAGAAGAUGAUAGAAAGUUAUUUGUCGGCGGCUUAACAUGGGACACAACACAAGACGAUUUGCGUGAAUAUUUUUCUAGUUUUGGUAAUAUUCUUGAUUGUUCAAUUAAACAUGAUCCAACAACUGGGCGUAGUCGGGGUUUUGCUUUUCUUGUAUUUGAUAGAAAAGAUAUAGUUGAUAAGAUUCUUUCACAAAAUGAACAUUUUGUCAAAGGUCGAAAAGUCGACCCAAAACCUGCCCAUCGCCGCCUGGCGGCGAAUAAUAAUAAUUCGAUGUCAUCGUCAUCAUCAAUGAAUUCGAUAUCGAAUAAUAAUCGUAAAGUUUUCAUUGGUGGUCUUGAUCCAAAUUUUCCUGAUACACAACUGAGAGAAUACUUUUCACAAUUUGGCACAAUUGAUGAAAUCGAUUUACCAUACGAUAAAGAAAAAAGUGAACGACGUCCAUUUUGUUUCAUUUCAUUUCAAAAUGAACAAUCCGCACAAGAAGUACUUCGCUUACAGAGACAUACAAUUGGUGAUAUAACUGUUGAUGUCAAAAGAGCCAAACCAAAAACGUUAAACAAUCAACAGCAACAACAACAACUUUACGAUCCAUACGGUCAACAGAGUAUAUACGCCAAUUAUGGAUCUGGUGUUCCAGCUUAUGGUGUCAACGCAUAUUCAGCUGCCGAUCCGUACGCAGGGUGGAAUAACUAUUCCUACAAUCAACAAGGCAAUCAUGCAGCUUAUCAGUAUGGCGGUUCUGACGCAUCGGGUGCUUCAAAUUCGGGAAGCUCGUCUUAUCAACAAUAUUCCCAACAUCAAACAAACUCUCAAUAUUCCUACGGGCCAUCAAGUGGAAUCAAUGCGAACGAAUAUUAUUCUCAUUAUGGAUAUGGUGCUCCUCAUCCAUCGUCCAAUGUCUAUGCAGAUCCGAAUGUCUAUGGCAGCGGUGGUGGUAAUGUUUACGAUUACAAUUCUUAUUAUACAUCGGGGGGUCCAGGAGCUAAUGGUGCAAUCGUUGAUAAUGGUACAGGACAACAAGAAAAUAGUUCACCGAAUGAGAAGAAUAACUAUGAACAUGAUACUCCCUAUGGAAAAACGAAAGCAUCUAUUAUCACCAGUCCUAACUAUCAUCAGUAUCCUAUCAUUUAG